UCACAGAAUCUGACCCCAUAUUAUGCACCCCCAAAUGAAGUAUUUAAGAUAAAAAAAUGACUGCUCCAGAAAUUACCAUCUAAAAGUAUCAGAUGACUGGACACCCAAAUUUGAGUUCAGAGUUCGACUGUUUACCAAAUGGCGCACCUAUUCCUGGCAAUUCUCAUUCCAGCCCUUCUAAUUCUCCUGAGAGGCCUUCUUCUGUUACCGAACCUUCUCGUCGUUCCAGGUCCAGGUCUCCUAUCAAUUAUUCUUCUUUGCGGGUGCUUGGAUUUUCCUUCGAAGAACUUAAAUCUGUUCGCCUUAUACCCAAGGCGAAUCCAAACCGGCGAUUCGAAAUUCGCAGAUAUACUUUUCCUAGGGAUAAACCAAUUUGUGUGAGAGGAGAAUAUCAGCUACUAAGGCCCAUACCAAAAGAAGAGAAACUGAAAGAAAAGCGGGUAAAAAUAAACAUAUACAGCGGCGCGGUUGAAGAAAUGAGCCGAGAAGAAAUCAGGGAAACUCCCUUAACUAGGAAACAACCAGUCUCAAAGAAUUUUGAAACAAUAAUUCUGAAAAACGACGAUUCAAACAAUUAG